AUGUUCGAACAAUCACAACACAGUUCUUCUAUAACUCCUUCAUUGUCUGAUAAUAGCAUUUCUGGGAUGACUAAUACUUCAAUGUUAAAUUCACAAACAUUGGAAGAGUAUUGUUGGUAUUGGGGUGCAGCAACUAAAGAAGAAAUUAGUGCUGCGAUGGAAAAUCAACAAAAUGGUACCUUUGCUGUACGAGAUGCUUCAACAAAAGGGCAAUAUACUUUAACUUUGCGUAUUGAUGGAACCAACAAACUUAUCAAAAUUCUUGUAGAAAAUGGCAGAUGUGGAUUUACUCAAGAUUCUAUGGAUUUUGAUUCUAUGGCCAGUCUUGUUCAAUUUUAUCAAACUUGCUCUUUACGAGAUUUCAAUGAAAAACUUGAUACUUGUUUGCUCUAUCCACUUAAAUCGCCACAAUCAUUAACUUGUCAGAAUUCAUUGAAGUCAGAUUCAACGAUAGAUCCCUCUUAUCGUGUCAGUUUACUUAAAUGUACAUUUGAGGCUAUUCAUGCUGAAUAUGAUCGUGUUUCUAGACGUUAUGAUCAGUUAUUUAAUCAGCAAUUAGCGUUAAAUGAAGAGUACAAUCGGAAACAACGUACAGAAUCUGCCUACGCCGAUGCUUUGAAAAUAUUUGAACGGAAAAUUGCUGAAUUGAAAACGAUGGAAGAAAUUGGAAAAGCCCAAAAUUUAAUGAGGGCAGCAAUUCAAAAUAUAGGGCUUUCUCUUCAAAAAAUUAAUGAAGAACUUGGAAGAUUAAAACCUUUACUGCUUAAAUUACACAAGUUUACAUUUAUUUUUAGUUAUUUUUAUAUUGUUUUUUUCAGAAAAUGUGAAAAAUAUCGAGAUAAACUUCUUGAAAUGUCCAAACAGAAAGUUACACACGCCCAACUGGAUAGAGUUGUCCAAAGUGUUUCUCUUGCGGAUGAAUCGAUAGCACUUAUUCGUUCUCUAAUGAAUGAUUUUGACAAUUCAAAUGCUUCAUCAGAUGGCAUUUUCCUCAUUAGGCCAAGUAGUUCGCGUAUUGGUUUUUACGCUUUAGAAAUAUCAAAAGACGGAAAUGUGCAUUCCUGUUUAAUUGAGUAUCGUGAUCCUAGAACAACAAUUGACCAUUCUGGAGGUUAUGGCUUUGCACAAACACAAAUGCUUUUUGCUUCACUGAUGGAUUUUGUUCGAUAUUAUUCUGCUGUUCCAUUAAAAGAGCAUAAUUCUGUUUUAGACACUCCUCUUAUAACGCUCUGAGUCAAUUAAAACAAAGAAAAGAGAAGAACAAUUCUAAUACAUCUAAUACCGACCACCAACGUGAUAAAGCAAAAUUAAAAAGGAUUGAAGCAAUCGAUGACGCGACAGAGUUGAGUACGAGUAGAGAUGAUGAGAGGAGUAAAGAGAAAAUACUUGGCACUU